AUGUAUCUCUUCGGGAACCUGAUCUACAUCACCUGCCUCCUCAUCAACGCCAUCGCCAUCCUGUCCGAGGACCGCUUUCUUGCGCGCAUCAACCUCUCCCCUUCGUCAUAUGACCCCGCCUUCGGCCAGAGCGCCGACGCCAGCGUCAAGGCCAAGAUCAUCAACCUGAUUGCCAGCGUACGAACGCUUAUGAGGAUACCCCUGAUCGUAAUCAACACGUUGAUCAUAGUCUAUGAGCUUGUGCUUGGCUAA